CCACCACCCUCCCUCUUCCCUUCGGUGCGUCUCGGUCCGCCCGCAGCAGUCUCCUUCCCGGCGAGGUUUCACUACAGAGAUGGCUGCGAAAGUGUGCAGAUCAGUACUCCUGUUGUCCCGGAGCAGCGGAGCGGUGGCCGGCAGCCUCCCCGCACUUGUUGUCUCUUCACAGCGACAUCAUCAGCACAUAAGACCGCAGGAUGUACUGUCUGCUCCUUUCACCCGUCAGACUGUCAGGAGAGCACAUGGCCUACGGUCAGCAGCCCACUCCACACUCUUCACCCAGCCUCCCACUGCCCUGUCUCCACAGGUUUGGAGGGGCGGCCCCUCAUGGCAUGGCCAGAGACUGUUGUGUACCUCCGCUUCUCCAGAAGAGGUGACAGUGGUUUAUCAGAACGGGCUGCCGGUGAUCUCAGUCAGUUUGCCGUCCAGGCGAGAGCGCUGUCAGUUCACCCUCAAGCCUCUCAGUGACUGUGUGGGAGUUUUCUUGCAACAGCUCCAGGCAGAGGACAGAGGCAUCGACCGGGUAGCCAUCUACUCCAUGGAUGGAGCGAGGGUUGCCUCCUCCACAGGUAUAGACAUCCUGCUGCUGGAUGAUUUCAAGCUCGUCAUUAAUGACACCACGCACCUCGUGCGGCCACCGAGGAGAGAGCUGCUCCCCCAUGAGGAGGCAGAAAGGCUGAACGACGUCAAAUUUCUGGUGCAGCAGCUCUACACCACCCUGCGCAUCGAGGAGCACCAACUUAGCAAAGAGCGUGAGCUGAUUGGACGACUGGAGGACCUCAACUCUCAACUCCGCCCCCUAGAGAAGAUGAAGGAGGAGUUGAGUAAGAAGGCAGAGCGGCGUACCACCUGGGUGCUGUGGGGAGGCAUGGCGUACAUGGCCACCCAGUUCGGCAUCCUGGCCCGACUCACCUGGUGGGAAUACUCCUGGGAUAUCAUGGAGCCUGUCACCUACUUCAUCACUUAUGGCACAGCCAUGGCCAUGUACGCCUACUUUGUGCUUACACGCCAGGAGUAUGUUUACCCCGACGCUAGAGACAGACAGUAUCUGCUGUUCUUCCACAAGGGGGUGAAAAGGACACGCUUCGACAUUGAGAAGUACAACAAGCUGAAGGAUGAUAUCGCUGAGGUGGAGUUGGAUCUAAAGCGUCUUCGGGAUCCGCUCCAGCUCCAGCUCCCAGUUCAGCAGCUCACCGCCAGUAAAAAUUGAUGGAAGGAGUGACUCCCUCCUCUCUCUCUCUCUGUCUCUCUCUCUCUCUCUCUCUCCCUCUCCCCUUCUCUAUCUCUCUCUCUCUCUCUCUCGGCUCCUACAAGCCCCUCUCCCUCUUUCCUCCUGCCAUCCAACACCCUUCCCCCUCCCCUUUGACCCCCUCUUCCCAUCCCUCCCACACCCAAUAAUCCCAUCCCUUUCUUGACUGUGGGAGUUAGUUUUUUCUUGUUUUUUCUCUCUCUUUUUCUUUCUUUCUUUCUUUCUUUUUUCUUUUCUUUUCUUUUUUUCUUUUUACUUUCCUGACUGAAAACUCCAGUUGGAAUUGUAAGUGAAAACCGCUAAAAGACAAAGAAGGAUGGUGAGAAUACGGACAUAACUGAAAAACUCGCACAGCCGAAGGUUAGUGAGGAUGAUGAAAAGGACAACGACGAUGAUGAAGGUGAAGAUGAAGAUGAUGGAAUAAAACUAGGCACUAUGGAUAUGCCCCAAGUCUCCAGAGGGACAGCCUGCAGGGAACUCCAGGGGGAAAGCGGAGGAAUUAUCACACCUCUAGACGCUCCAGGACAGAGGACAUGCAGAAGGGCAUUGUUGAGUGUGCAUGUGUUUGUGUGUGUGUGUGCGUGUGUGGGACUUUCAGGGUGCACUGGGACACCGACCCUGGUCACACUGCGGGUCAACACAACAGUCCCGCUUCCUUGAGCAGUCAAACUGUCAACACACACACCUACUCUUGGCUGGGGCAGGCUCCAGGGAGACUCUCUAUCCCACAUGUUAAAAGUUUACAAGGAAGUCCUGACUGCAGUUGCACCAUCAGGAAGACCUUCGUCUUCCUGUAGCUGAACUCUGCUGCCUCUCCCUCCCCGGGCCAUGCCUCCUCCAGGUGACGGACAGCUGUCCUUCCCAGUGUGACCUUUGUCAGGAGCUUGUCUCGACUCGCAGGAUGUAGGCAUGACGACGCCUCGUUUCCUCUUCCUGUUGACGUCCUGUAGCGGCCCGGUCUGCGCAAGUAUGACAGUACUACCGACAACAACAUCACUGUGUGUUCUUUUAUUCCAAAAAAAUAUUUUGGCACUUUUUAUUUUGAAAGCCAUAGUAUAUUUGUUAUGAAAAGAAUAUAAAUAUAUAUAUGUAUACAAUCAAAUAAACAGAUGACCAGAGGCUAGUUCUCUCAGUGGGGGGAGGAGCUCUCUUACAAACAUCAUUUCAUGAGAGACUCAUUUACAUCUUCUGAAGAUCUCCUGCCAUGAAAGACCCCUGCAAAUGCACACCCUCAACGUCACAUACGCACACAGACAAAGAGCAUUAUACCAUAUGCUAUUUCAUAUCUUUUCAUGAGAAACACACACAGUAUAUUUCACAGUAACUUUCUAGGAUGGACACAAGGCUCCUGUGCAUGGUCACCAAAGGGGGAAACAGUGUUGAGACCAAAUCAGGGUGAAAACGUCUUAGGUUCACUGUUUUUAAGCAAUGCCGUGUUUGAUCAUCCCAUGACUACAAAGAUAGGUGCUUAAUGUUCAACGCAAUGAAGGGGGUAAAAUGUUUAGAGACCAUUGCCGCAGACAAACCUUCAGGUAUGUUAUAGUUUCAUGUAGCUGAUGAACUGAAUGGCUUCCAAAAAAGUAAAGCUGCAGUUUAUAGGAGGAGCAGAAUAUGAGUAAAUUGCCUGCAGUUCAAUAUCCCCUUUCCUCUGUAUCAUAUAUUUUUCCUUCUCCAAUUGAACAUAUUUGAAGCUUAUCGACAAAAUAAGGCGACACCCCCUCAAAAAAGCAUCAUGGCAUUGACUCAUAGAGGCUUUUUUCAUCCUGAAGUAAAGCCAGAGUUUUCUCCUCCCACUGUUGCUGUAAUGCCCCCCUGCUCCCUUGAUGGCAAGGCAGGGUAGACUGCAUGCUGUGGUAUGCCCUAAGUAGAAAUUUGUGAAUGUGUAGGAGCAUUAUUGCAAUUUUGUACUUAAUUGGACACUUUUCUUUGCCACAUCUAGCUGAAGUCUCAUCCCCCCGAUCAGUUAAAUCAAAGGUUAUAGAAGCCAUAUAUUUAUGUUGUCCAUUUUGUUUUGGAUGGUCACUGAAUAAACCUGUCAGCUUCACUUAGUUUUCUGUUCAGGGUGAGGAUUGGUGGCCCUCUCUCCGGUACCGUUUAUGUCUCAAAAAAAAAGAAAAAACCAAGGUCUCAAAGCCAGUUGUUUUUACUCUGAACUGCUGUAGAUCACCUCUGCAGAGAGGAAGCACAAUAACACAACGUCCCUGCACACAGACUCUAGUUCAAGAUCAUUUCUUGCUUGUGUGUGAACAGUCACCUGAAUCCUACUGAAGAGAUCCUUGUGUUUAACUGCAGAUUUUUAAAAUUAAAAAUGCAUGAUUUUAGGUCAAAUCAAGAGUUAGCCAUGCAGAUCUCAAAGCAGGAUUUGGUCUUAUCUGUUACUGUGUGUUGGUGUGUGCGUUAUAUCCAAGGGAAACGGUGCCUUUUGGAUGAUUAAUGAUUUAAACAGCGUAGACAACAUAAGCAAUUUGGUAAACGGCAAUGAUAGGACCAUUGAGACAGUUAAUCUCUUAUUUGAAAUGACACCUUCAUUUAAAAGAGGGUUAAAUUUGAAUGUUUGGAAGUGGAAAUCAAUCUUACCGUGUGUGUGUGUGUGUGUGUGUGUGUGUGUGUGUGUGUGUGUGUGUGUGUGCGUGCGUGCGUGUGUGCGUGCGUGCGUGCGUGUGUGUGUGUGUGUUGACAAGUGUGAAGGCACUGGGGGCAAAGAUCAGAUCACCAUAUUGCGCCUAAUCCCUGUCUGUCAAUAGUGGUAAAAAUCGAUUCCGCCCUCAUCCCACUUCACAGUCGUCAUUAGCUUUAAACUCAUUUUUCCCUUACUUGUGCACACACUAACAUAAACACACGCACACAUAUACAAAGUGACGAUGGCGUUUCCUUGGAGAUGUACUGUGGGAGGUGAGAGAGUUGAGGCCUGUCUGCAGUCCAAUCCUCCCCUCUGCUGUUUCUACACAACACUUCUCUCCAUCAUCACCACCUCCUUUUUAUCAUGCCAUCCACUGUUUAUUGCCUUUGUUUUUCUCUUGCUUUUAUUUUUUAAAAACAAAAUAUAUCAAAUAUAGGGAAACUUUAUUAUAAAGAGGGUGUUGCAUGAAUGUAUGUUUACAUGGGAAAUUAUGUAAAAAUAAAAAAGAUGAUUUAUCAAAAAGAAAAAAAAAAAACAACCUGCGAAGAUAAUUUAAGAACGUUGUUUGUAGAGAUUCCUAGUUAUAAAGGGCAGUGGGCACGGCUGCGUGUUUAGAACCUGCCCUGCCAAAUCUGACUUAAUCCCAGCCAACCAACUGCUCGAACCCCAUCAAACCCCAGUCCCAUCUCCACCUUAUUUACUCCCAUAAACGCACCCUGAGCGUGCAUUUAUACUCCCCAAUAAAUGGAAAAACACCCUCCAUCCUGGGUGCACCUAUAAAGGAGGCUUUAUGACCUCUUGACCUCAGUAACUAUCGUCCUGGAUCCUGAGUCCAACGGAAAAGUGUCAGGCGCACUCUGUUAUAUUAUCGGGGAUCUCCUCCCAUUCUCAUCCCCCUCUCCCCCAUCAUUUUCAUCCACCCUCACCCUUUUUUCUCCAAAAUCAUAUUAUUAUUAUUCUAUGUUUUGAAUGUGUGUUAUGUUUUGAAUAUCUUGUUUGUGUGCACUUACAAUAAGAUAUGUUUAAAAUGCCUAAAGAGUGAAGCAGAUUAUAGGAUUGAAAUGAUCUUGUACUCCAUUCUGACCUCUGAGUUUACUUUGUUUUUCUUGUCUUUUUUUUUUUCCUGUUGACAUAUGAUGCUGUAAUGUUGGCAAAAAAGAAAAUGUAAAAUCCUGUACCAUUUAUGAAAUAUGUAUAAAAGAGAAAUGUAAUUCAAUUAUCAAUAAAAUCCUUAUCCAGUUUUUGGA